AUGCCGCGCAAGCACCAGCACUUCCAGGAACCCGAGGUCGGCUGCUGCGGGAAAUACUUCCUGUGUGGCUUCAACAUUGUCUUCUGGGUGCUGGGAGCCCUGUUCCUGGCCAUUGGUCUCUGGGCCUGGGGUGAGAAGGGCAUUCUCUCCAACAUCUCAGCGCUGACAGAUCUGGGAGGCCUGGACCCCGUAUGGCUGUGUGUGGUGGUUGGAGGUGUCAUGUUGGUGCUGGGCUUUGCUGGCUGCAUCGGGGCCCUCCGGGAGAACACCUUCCUACUCAAGUUUUUCUCUGUGUUCCUCAGCCUCAUCUUCCUGGAGCUGGCAACAGGGAUCCUGGCCUUCGUAUUCAAGUACUGGAUUCGAGACCAGCUCAAUUUCUUCAUCACCAACAAUGUCAAGGCCUAUCGGGACGACACUGACCUCCAGAACAUCAUUGACUUUGCUCAGGAAUAUUGGUCUUGCUGUGGAGCCCGCGGCCCUAAUGAUUGGAACCUCAAUAUCUAUUUCAACUGCACUGACUUGAAUCCGAGCCGGGAGCGCUGCGGGGCGCCCUUCUCCUGCUGCAUCAGAGAUCCUGCGGAAGAUGUCCUCAACACCCAGUGUGGCUACGAUGUCCCACUCAAGCUGGAGCUGGAGCAGCAGGGCUCCAUCCACACCAAAGGCUGUGUGGGCCAGUUUGAGAAGUGUCUGCAGGACAACCUGAUUGUUGUGGCUGGGGUCUUUGUGGGCAUCGCCCUCCUCCAGAUCUUUGGUAUCUGCCUGGCCCAGAACCUUGUGAGUGACAUCAAGGCAGUGAAGGCCAACUGGAUCAAACAUGAUGAUGGCUACAAGCUACUCAAAUAAACAAAACCUUGAAAACCAAAAAAAAAA